AGUGGGGGCGGAGCUUUGUUGGUUUCACUUUCACACCCCGAGCUGCUUUUUAUGCCUUCAAUUUUCACCAAUGGAGGUGAUUCGUUCUUUAUUCUAAAGUUUGGAUAUUUCACCUGCAAUGUUUUUAGCUUUAACGUGACACAACCUGAGACGUGUGUCAGAGCAGAGGCAGCUCGCAGCGGACUGAGGAGAGAGAAGAGAACGAUGUGGCAGAGGGGGACCAUGUUGGCGGCGCUGCUGGCUGCUGUGACCGGACAGUCCGACAUGUUAGUACACAAGAAGGAGGGCGACGACGUCGUCCUCAAACCUGGCUCCGGUUUUCCCGUGAGCGACCCCAUCAGCAGCGUCAUGUGGAGAGUUGGUCCUGACAUUGCCAUCCAGUGGGAAGCAUCUGAUCCAGAUGUUACUUACUAUCGUCACUUCAAAGAGCGUGGGAGCCUGAACACCUCAAGUGGAGAGAUGACAAUCAGAGGACUGAUUCGAAAUGACAGCGCGUUGUACACACCGGAAAUCAACAGCAAAGAGGCCACUCCAACGCUGCUCACAGUCAUCUCUUCUGUCCCUGUACCCACCGUCACUACGUCCUGUGACGAGAAGGCCGGCUGCACUUUGACCUGCGAAGGGAACACCACGGGUGCCGAACCCGUCGCCUACAAGUGGAAGUCAGACGACACCGAGUUGAAACCUACAUCAAAGGAUCACCACGUGAAAAAGGAGAACAGCCCGGGUAUAAAGGAGUUCAGCUGUGAGCUGGUGAAUCCAGUCAGUCGGGAGAGCAGCCGACCCAUCCCCAACCCCUUCAUCGCCGACAUGCCACGGAAUCUGAACAUCAACACGGGCCUCGCGGUCUUCCUCUGUCUGCUGGUCGCCGUACUGCUGCUGGUUUUUAUACACAGGGGGACAUCAGGGGUGUGGUUCUUCCAGAAAGAAUCCAUGCCUUGGGAGGCAGAUUUCUGGACGAAGCAAGAGAGGCCAGCAAGAGAUGCUGCUGAAUCCAAUGCCACCAGAGAUCAUCAAGAGAAUGGACAAGAAAAUGGGGAAACACAGAUGACAUUGAUGCCUAACAACACCACGUGAGAACCCCUCAGGUACUUAUCCCUGGAUCCGAGCGAGUGAGGUGGAAGCAAUUUAGGACGUCCAGAGUUGCACGUGUGUUGUGUGAAUCUAAACAGUACAACGGCACUAAAUGUCUAGACUAUGGACACGGUAUGUUUCAGCUGUUACACUGCAUUUAAUGUAUCUGAAAAUUCCCUGAUAGUUGCACCUACCCUGAAGUGCAAAUCACAACUACAAAUGAAAAAAAAGAAAAAAAAGAAACAAUGGCAAAUAGGAAACAACGCCAAAUAUAAAGAAUCGCCCAGCUACGUUUUAAAGUAUAUAAAAAUAAUCUGCUCAGAUACAAGUCCCUAUAGUCAAUGUCAGACAUUUUAGAGGACAGAAACAGAACAAAAAAACUUUUCCUGAGUGGAAGGGGACUUAAUAACAAAACAAUGUUUGUUUAUUUGCCUUUUUUUUAGGCCGUUAUGUUCUCCCAUUUGUCGUUGUGAUUUGCACUUAUACGUAUCAGCUUCAAAGAAUAAAUGUGGGAGUGAAUUAUCCUCAGUCAGUUUUUAAAAAAAUUGUAUGUUGAUGUUUGAUGAUUUCUGUUUGUGAAGCAACAAAACUGACUAGAUCAGAAUCGAAAAAGGGACACAUUGAUUUAUCCAGCUACUUUCUGCUGCGACCUUCUUUUAGUCCCUUAUUAUUUAAAAGACACUAAGAAGGGAAAUAUUUGAGUAAAAAAAAAAAAAAAGGUCAAAAAGUGAAGAAAUGAGUUUUACAGCUUUUAGACUUGAAGUAGAUCUUCUUCAGGUUUGUUUCUGGAAGUUGCAGGGAGGCAGAGAAAAACCUUAGACAAUACCAGGAACCCAGUCACUACAAGUGCGCUUUCCUGCGACGGACAUCGUACCUGACACCGAGCGGUGCCCUUGAGUUCAUUAAAUAGGCGGUCGAGGUUGAGUUGUGGUUUCAUGCAGCCUCACGGCGUUUAGGAUGCAGCUCGGACUGUGUGGGGAGGAACUGGACUGACAGUAAGGUGAAUAAGGGACGGCAUUGUGGGGUUUGGGCAGUCAGCUCAAACCACAAUACAGGCUUUGUGCAGAACGUUACCGCGGAUUCCUCGGCAACAGACAGCAUCCAAACUAGUAAAAAGAAUAUGGGACAUUUUAAGCUCAAGAUCAAUCCACUAUUUUUGCUUUUGAAUGUGUAUCUUUUAUCAUUCAGCUCUGAAUUCAGAAUGAUAUAUUUUGAAAGUUUUGCAGCUUUGACAAGGUUUGUUUUUGCAUUUACUCGUCUUUCUUUUAAAAUAGUAAUAUUCUUUGGUUUUUUCCCUUGUAGUUUUGAUUUUUUUAAACUUUUUUUUAAGUAUCAGAGACUUGUUUCGCAGUUUUAAUGAUCAAAUCAGUCUUGGUAAAUACAAACUAAUGAGUUUCGGACUUCUUUUGGAUGUUUGUCAAACUGCUCUUAGCCGUUGCUCUGGCAUUGUUUUAAUGUGUAGGAAACAUUUUUAAACAGAAUACACUCAGAUGUUCAUACCCUGUCAGCUGCAGUGUGAGGCUAUGAAGAAUGUAGAUAUGUACAUGUGCAAGUGUCUUUAUGAGGGCUAUAUUUAAUAAAACUAAAAGUAUAUCAA